UCUCAGAUUCAGUAUAUCUCAUUAGUAAAAUCCUGCUAUUGCUCUUUUAAAUUAUGACUUUGGAAAUAGAAUGUACUGUAAGGUUAACCAUCGACCUUCCCAAAAGUCAGAUUGGCCAGAGUGCUGAUCUACUUACCUACCUACUACCUAUAUUAUCAAAGCUUCCUUAACAAUGGGAAUUCUAGAAACUGAAUUGGCUGAGUUAAAGCAGUGUGUUCCUAAAGUUAUUGCUGACAGCGUAGUUGAAACAUGUGUACCUGCGAUGGUCCGUGUCAAUAUUCAGAGAACAAAAUACAAGCAGAUGGUUGUUUGCUUUCAAUUUGCCCCAGACUACCCCAAGACCAGAGUUCUUGUUGAGCUCAAGAGUCGCCACAUUUCAGAGAAACUGUUAGAUGGCCUUACGAAACUCUGUGAGGAAGAAGCAGAGAAAUACCUGGGUAAACCACAGGUGCUGAAUGUUUUGCGAUUUGUCCGAAAGUUCAUUGAUGAAAACCCUCUAUGCUGUUGUUCUGGAGAAAUUUCUGCGAUAAAAAAUAAACUGAUUGUAGGUUCAGAUGAAUUGAAGUUACGGCAGAAAACUUCUUCAGUGGUGUUAAAAGUAGUUCAAGGCAGUUACAUUAUACGACACAACAUUGUCAUACCAGAAAAUUAUCCAGAUAAACAAGUGAGUAUUGAAGAAAAGGAGUGCAAUUACCCACCAGUUUUCAGGAGAUGGUUCAUGGCGCAAGCAAGAGAAAUCGCACGUCGAUGUGCUGAGCCCCCAGCUAAAAGGAGACCAAAAGACCCGCCUUUUGUGUUGAAACCUUCUUUGGAACCAGUAAUAUCAUUUUUGGUAUCUGAGGCCCGUAAAUAUGCCGAUAUGCCUUGUAAAUAUUGUAAUAAGCAAGCUUUUCCUCAAGACCCAAAGGAUGUGGAAACUGACGAAACUGCAGCAAACUAUGUAGAGAGAGUUUACUGUGGCCACAUUUAUCAUUAUAAGUGCUUAGACACCUAUAUACGAACUCCGCCUUUCCAGGGUGGCAAGAAGUGUCACACUUGUGGAUUGCGGAUAUACCAUGACAAGUGGAAGCUAACGCCUGAGACAGCUGAGGCUAGGUGGGCGCACAAACAGGCCAAACAAAGGGAACUUGAUGAAGUUACCGAUUUUCUGACGUAAUGAAUGUGGGGUUUUGCAGUGGAAAUUCAUUUAAUUGAAUUUGUAAAUACUAAUGGUUAAUUUUAUCAGAGAUAAUGUUUUAGUAACUUUAUAUUACCGGUAAAUAUAAACACUUUAUUGAGUAUUUUUACCAUUUUACAUGUUGAUAUAAGUGGACAUUUCACUUGGAUCAUAUUUAACACUAUCAGAAAAUAUUAUUAUGGUAAUGGCAGUGAUUUUCAGGGAAUUUUUACCCUUUUUAUUUUGGAAAAGACUUUGAGGACCAACUUCAGGUGGGCAUUAUUAUUUUAAAAAAGACUAAAACAUUUGUGCAAUGGCAGUUUUUGAAGCCUGGUAUUUUGAUUAUUUGAAUUGUACCGUAUCCCCUGAAUAACAAGUAAGGAAUUCAAUCAUCUUCACUGAUGUUGAGAGGCAUUUCAAAGUUUUUUGCAAAAUAUGUUUGUGUAGAGAAGAUGACUUGAGAUAAGACGAUGUCCUGAACCCUUGUGAAUUUGUAAAACUGUUGGCUUUGAUUAUUAAGAAUUCCUCUCUAUCAUUGUACAAUAUGCGAGACUGUGCUAUAGAAAUAAUUUUUAAAUUGUCAGCUUAUUAUAUUUUUUUUCAUUUCCAAAGUAGUUUUUGAAUGGUGUUAUUAGUUUUGUGUUCUCAUCUUCUUAAUAGUGUUAUAUAUUCUAUUUGUUAUUUACCAGGAUACUGGUAAUUAUGUGAAACUGUAUUUUGAUUUGUUUUAAAAUCUGUUACAGGUACUUGUAAAUAGAAAAGUCGUUAUAUUUUUUAUUUAUAAGUAUGUAUUGAGACAACUCAUGUGUGACAAAUGGGACUACUAUUUUUCAAUGACAGCAAUAUUUUCGUGCUAUUAAGACUGGUUUAAAGUUGAUAUUAUUAAUGUGUUAUGAAUAAUUGAAUAAUUUGUACAACGUUAGCUUUUACUUCCUCUUACUAAUUUAUGCCAUCUGAAUAUUAUUUUAAGAAUAGGGCAUAAUUCAACUUGAAAUUUACAGUAAAGUUGAGUAUUGUUAUUUUUAGUUCAUACUUUUUCAGUCCUGUAAUUAACUUUGGAAAUAUAGUGGUAUGUUUCCUGAGUAUGUUUACCCGUAUAAUUUCCCUAUUGUAUUUAUCAGUGGCCUGUGUAUGGAGAGUGUACAGUUUUUGUACAAUGUUCUAGAAAUUAAUUAAGAAUCAUGAAGUAAGGCAAGUUAUUGAUGCUGUCCACUUUAGCUUUGUCUGAAAAACUUGAUGGUUUUCUUUUUAGUAAAAUGUUUAUGAAUAUUUAUAAGUCUUAUUGCUUACUAUUUUGUGUAUGCAAUCAUUGCUAAAUACCUUGAAAGAAAACCAUGUGUCAUAUAUAUUUUUGUCAUCCAACUGCAAAUAUUGUAUGAACUGCUUAUUGAUACACAGUGCUUCUGCAGAAUGAAAGGUUUUCAAUAAUAUUACUCUGUAAGAGAUGUGUAAAAUAUUGAGUUUGAACCAGCUAAUAGAAAGGUUAUUGAGAAGGGAAGUUGCUUUAACUUUUAUUUGUUCUUCUCAUGUAUUCUUGCAAAAAAAAAUUGAAAGAGACAUGAACACUUAGUAAAGAAUGUACAUAAAAUGAAGUACUUAUAUGAGAAACACAGGUAAACCUAAAACAACAUAA